AUGCCCAAGUCGAAGCGCUCCAGAACCUUCAACCUCACCCAGGUCAACAAAAAGGGCCGCGAGCAAAAGGACAAGCUCUUUCAGAACAUUCGCGAUGCCGUCCCCGAGUACCAGCACUGCUUCGUGUUUAGCGUCGACAACAUGCGCAACAACUACCUCAAGGACGUCCGCCGCGAGCUGUCCGAUAGCAGACUCUUCUUUGGCAAGACCAAGCUCAUGGCCAAGGCCCUGGGCCAGACCCCCGAAGAGGCCGCCGCGCCGGGCAUCGAGGCUGUGUCGCGCCUGCUGACGGGCAACGUCGGCCUCGUCUUCACCAACCGCGCGGCCGAGUCCAUCCUGACCUACUUUGACGGCCUCGCGCUCGUCGACUUUGCGCGCGCCGGCGUUACCGCCCCCCGCGCCUUCUCCAUCCCCACGGGCGUCGUCUACGCCACCGCCGGCGAGGUGCCCGCCGAGCACGACAUCCCCCUCGAGCACACCCUGGAGCCGGAGCUGCGCCGGCUCAACGUCCCCACGCGCAUGGUCAAGGGCAAGGUCGUCCUCGGCGACGAGGAAGGCACCGGCGAGGCCUACGUCGUCUGCAAGGAGGGCGACGUCCUCGACUCCCGCCAGACGAGGCUACUCAAGAUGUUUGACGUGUGCCUGAGCGAGUUCAAGGUCAAGGUUCUAGCUUACUGGAGCGCGGCCACGGGCGAAGUCACCCAGGUUGAAACCUCUGCCAUGGACCAGGAUUAA